AUGGCCUCCAAGACGGACGCAGACCGAGCUCCAUGGGAUGCCGCCCCGGCACACGAGCAGCUGUUCGUGCUCAUUACCGGUGCCAACAGAGUCACUGCGCCGGAACUGACCUUCAUUCUCCUGCCCAGCGGCAUCGGCCUAGGCAUUGGUGAGCGCCUCAUCGACGAGUUCCUCGCUACCCGGUCGCUCACCUCCCACCUGAUCCUCAUCCCCACCACCCGCUCCGUCAUCAAGUCCACCCAGACGAUCCAGCACCUGCGUGCCCACGCCAACAAGGCCGCCCGGACCUCGAAAGCGCUGGUGUCGCGCGCUGGCGGCCCCGAGAAGUACAACUGGGAGGACACGGCCUCCAGGAUCCAUAUUCUGUCGCCCCAGCUCGACCUCUGCGACAUCAAGGGCAUCUACGCAUUUGCGGAGAGGUUAUGCGACGAGCCGCUGAGCAACCCGGCCGGCUUGCAGGGCCAGGACGCUGAGCUGCAGAAUGUCCGUAUCCCAAGGCUGGACAGCGUCAUCUGCAAUGCCGCGUACGGCUCUUGGGUCGGCGUCAACUACCCCAUGGCCAUAUGGGUCAUCAUGACGGAGGGGCUCAUAAACUCUGUGACGUGGCCGACGUUCAAGAUCCCCAAGCCCACGGCCCUGCUGAACGGCCGCCCUAUCUACAACUACCCGGCGAAACCCAAGCUCGGCGAAGUCUUCUGCGCAUGCGUCUUCGGCCACUACCUCCUCUCGCGCAAGCUCCUGCCCCUCCUCACCCGCCCCAAGACGUCGGAGAGCCUCGUCGCCCCGGGGCGCAUCAUCUGGUCGAGCAGCAUCGAGGCGCACCGCGACGUCUUCAACCCGGACGACAUCCAGGGCCUGCUGCGGGAGCACCCCUACGAGUCGGCGAAGCGCCUCACCGACUACAUCUCGCUGUCGUACAACCUCCCCGCCGUCGAGGACUUCAAGGAGUCGUUCCUCAGCCUCGACGAGGACGAGAACCCGGACGAGAAGAUCCAGCCCGAGAUGUACCUCACGCACCCGGGCAUCGUGGCCAACGACUUCUUCCCCGUGCCGUGGUACCUCAUGUGGGCGUACCGGCUGGCCAUCGUGGUCAGCCGCUGGCUGGGCUCGCCGUGGCACACCAUCGACUCGUACACGGGGGCCAAGUCGGCCGCGUGGCUCGCCCUCCAGGGCCAGGAGGAGCUGGACGACGCCGAGGCGGACCGCGUCAAGUGGGGCAGCGCGUCCGACGGCAGGCUGCGGGCGCUCAUCAAGAAGACCGAGGUGGAGGGCUGGGGGUGGACGGGAAGGGUGGAGGGCCCCGAGGCCGACGACGCCGCCGCCGCCGGUGAGGAGGGCAUCGUGGGCAUACUGCGCAGGAGCGUGGGGAGGAGGCGCGACGCCGCGGACCCUACGGCCGAGUCGCUGGCCGAGUUUGAGGAGGUGGGUGCAGACGUCUGGGAGCAGCUCGAGGAGCUGAGGGAGGAGUGGGAGGAGAUUCUGGAGAUUUCAUGA